AUCUAUCUAUGGUCAAGAGGAUUUAUUUUUCUGAUAAGGAUUCCAACAACAGUUCCACAUUUGGCAUCUAUCGCUACACAAUGUUUUCUCUAGCCGUUUUGUUUUCUCUUAUACUUUUGUCAGAACAAUGCUGCGUUCCUUCAGAAUGGGAAGCUGAACAGCUAGUUACAUCAGCCACAAAAAUUGCUGGAACGACGGUUCCAACUGUUACUAAGUCUAUGCUGAAACUAAGCUGGGAUACACCAUUGAGGCGGUAUGCAUUUAUAGGAUCCUACCUUUCCGGAGGCAAAGCUGGCAGCUUCAGAACAUUGGGUGACUAUAUCUCUAAUGUCCAAUAUGAAGUUCUCGAUGGUAAAUGUAAUGUCACUAAAAUUAUGAAGCCUUUUUCAAGUGUCCAGUGUACAAACGCUAAUGCAACGACAAGUUCUCCAGUAUUCCUAGGACUAAACCAAUUACAAGUUACACAGUAUACAUGGCAAGAAGAUGGCUUGACAAAUUAUAUGAACUAUGCCACUGGGUGUAUUCCUGUAUCCUACACUAGUUUUGGACUUGUUAACAAAGAUCGAGUAUAUAGAAGUGGAUCGUUUGAGAAUCUCAGUGUCGGCAUAAAAGAUAGAUCUAUAUUCAAUAUACCUCCAGAAUGCCGUGGUUCAUCUUUGAAUACAUUGGGAUAACCAGAAUCCUAUCAUUGAGCCGAGGAAAUUUAGACCUUUG